AUCAACCCCAACGGCUCUUGCACGCGCCACUUCAUUUGGCCGAUGGUUGAUCCCGACCCGGAUCCAUGCCCCGGCAAGCUCGCCGCUUCCAAAGACGUAACCAUUAACCACGAAACCGGCGUGUCCGUACGUAUUUUCCGACCAACUAAUCUACCAUCCAACGAUAACGCCGUCGCUCGUCUCCCAAUUAUCAUCCAUCUCCACGGCUCCGGUUGGAUCCUUUACCCAGCCAAUUCCGUUGCGAACAACCGUUGCUGCUCUCAAAUGGCCAGUGAGUUAACGGUUAUUGUUGUCUCCGUACACUACCGUUUACCUCCUGAACAUAGACUCCCAGCUCAAUACGACGACGCAUUAGAUGCUCUGCUUUGGGUCAAACAGCAAGUCGUUGACUCAACUAACGGCGAGCCUUGGCUUAGAGACUACGCCGAUUUCUCACGGUGUUAUAUCUGCGGUUCGAGUAACGGCGCUAACAUCGCUUUCCAAUUGGCACUGAGAUCGUUAGACCACGAUUUGACGCCGUUAAAAAUAGACGGUUGCGUGUUUUACCAACCGCUUUUUGGCGGUAAAACGAGGACGAAAUCGGAGCUCAAGAAUUUCGCCGACCCGGUAAUGCCGGUGCCGGCGGUUGACGCCAUGUGGGAACUAUCUUUGCCGGUAGGUGUUGAUCGGGAUCAUAGGUACUGUAAUCCGUUGGGUUAUUUGCCGCAAAAGGAGAAAGUUGGACGACUUGGACGGUGUUUAGUGAUCGGUUACGGCGGAGACACGUCGUUGGAUCGGCAACAAGAUUUCGUGAAUUUGUUGGUUGCGGCUGGAGUUAGGGUUGAAGCAAGGUUUGACGACGCCGGUUUCCAUAGCAUCGAGCUCGUCGAUCCACGGCGAGCCAUCUUCGACUUGCCAAAGUGUUUCACUUUCGCUCUAAAACUUCUUCUUCACUUCCUCUCCUCCUCCAUGGCGGACGGUGGGGCUGACCCCCCAGCUCCACCAUCGAUUAACGCCGGUGAAUUUCUGUUGUCUAUUUUGCACGGAAGUCCUUCGCCGUCGUCACAAGGUACUCAGCAUCAGUCAUUCGCUCUCGAUCCAGCCAUCGCAGCCAUUGGUCCUACCGUGAAUAAUCCUUUUCCUCCUCCGAAUUGGCAAUCUAACGGUCAUCGACCCGGUAAUCAUAAUCCUUCUUGGCCACUCGCCUUUUCACCUCCUCCUAAUCUUUCCCCCAAUUUCCUAGGGUUUCCUCAAUUCCCGCUUAACCCUUUUCCUACGAACCAAUUCGACGGUAAUCAAAGACUAUCUCCGGAAGAUGCUUUUAGAUUAGGGUUUCCUGGUACUGCAAACCACGCAAUUCAGUCCAUGGUACAGCAACAACAACAGCAGGUACCGCCGCCGCAAUCUGAGAAUCGGAAGCUUGUUUUUGGUUCUUUCUCGGGAGAUGCUACUCAAAGCCUUAAUGGGUUACAUAACGGGAACUUGAAGUACGAUUCUAAUCAACACGAACAGCUCAUGAGGCAUCCCCAAUCUACUCUCUCGAAUUCUAACAUGGAUCCAAACCUCCAUGAACCCAGAGGAAGUCACAGCGGAAGAGGAAACUGGGGUCAUAUUGGGAAUAACGGCAGGGGUUUCAAGUCUACUCCUCCUCCUCCUGGAUUUUCGAGUAACCAAAGAGGAAGGGAUAUAAAUUUAACAAGUAAGGAUGAUGAUAGAGGGAUGGGUAGUUUCCAUAGGAAUCAUGAUCAAGCAAUGGGUGAGCAUUCUAAGUUUUGGGAUCAAAGUGUUAAUUUUUCUGCUGAGGCUGAUAGAUUAAGGGGAUUAUCAAUCCAGAAUGAUAGCAAGUUCAAUCUUAGUCAACAAAUAGAUCAUCCUGGACUACCUAAGGGUACAAGUCUUCAUUCUGUAUCAGCAGCUGAUGCUGCGGAUUCCUUUUCGAUGUUGAACAAGGAAGCUCGUGGUGUAAGUGAACGUAAAGAGGAAUUGGGGCAGCUCAGUAAGGGAAAGAGGGAAGGCAAUGCAAACUCUGGCCCUGGUGAUGACGAGAUUGUGGAUUUUGGAGAAGAUAUUGUUAAGUCUUUAUUGCUUGAAGAUGAAACUGGCGAUAAGGACGCCAAAGAUGGGAAGAAGGAUAGCAAGACUUCUCGCGACAAGGAAUCGAGAAUGGACAAUCGGGGUCAACGGCUGCUUGGCCAAAAGGCAAGAAUGGUUAAAAUGUAUAUGGCAUGUCGAAAUGACAUCCACAGGUAUGAUGCUUCAUUCAUUGCAGUCUACAAGUCCCUGAUUCCCGCAGAAGAAGAGCUGGAGAAGCAGAGACAACUAAUGGCACAUCUAGAGAAUCUAGUUGCCAAAGAAUGGCCUCAUGCAAAGUUGUAUCUUUACGGGUCCUGUGCUAACUCUUUUGGUUUUCCGAAGAGCGACAUCGAUGUUUGCCUUGCAAUCGAAGGUGAUGAUAUCAACAAAUCUGAGAUGUUGUUAAAGCUGGCGGAGAUCUUGGAAUCAGAUAAUCUCCAAAAUGUUCAGGCACUAACACGAGCUAGGGUUCCAAUUGUAAAACUUAUGGAUCCGGUUACUGGGAUAUCUUGUGAUAUCUGCAUCAACAAUGUAUUGGCUGUUGUGAACACAAAGCUUUUGCGAGAUUAUGCGCAGAUAGAUGUGCGUUUAAGGCAGUUGGCUUUCAUUGUGAAACAUUGGGCAAAGUCAAGAAGGGUUAAUGAAACAUAUCAAGGAACACUUUCCAGCUACGCGUACGUUCUGAUGUGCAUCCAUUUCUUGCAGCAGCGUAGGCCGCCAAUUCUUCCUUGCUUACAGGAAAUGGAGCCGACUUACUCAGUUCGGGUAGAUAAUAUCCGGUGCGCAUACUUUGAUAAUGUUGAUAGACUCCAUAACUUCGGAUCAAGUAACAGGGAGACCAUAGCUGAGCUGGUGUGGGGAUUCUUCAACUACUGGGCUUACGCUCAUGACUAUGCGUAUAAUGUUGUAUCCGUCCGCACCGGUUCAAUACUUGGGAAGCGAGAGAAGGACUGGACGAGAAGGGUGGGGAACGAUAGGCACUUGAUAUGCAUAGAGGAUCCGUUUGAGACGAGCCAUGAUCUGGGUCGGGUGGUAGACAAGUUUAGUAUCCGAGUGUUGAGGGAAGAGUUUGAACGAGCUGCAAGGAUUAUGCAUCAAGAGCCUAACCCAUGUGCCAAGCUUUUCGAACCAUAUAUUCCUGGAGAUAAUAAUGGACAAGGCCACAACUAAACCUUGAAAGCAUUUGAAUCGGAUUCGUGUGGCUUGUAUAUAUUUAUGUAUGGGUAGAAGAUUCCGGCUCUGUUCUUUUUGCUUUUUGGUUUGAUUUGGAAUCUUGCUUGUGACCCAACAAAAAAAAAAGGUCUUAGUUUU